CUCCUUCACAGACAUCGCUCUGUCAGCCCGGGUGGUGGCGGUGUGUUUCGUAACCGGCCGCGGUGUCUCCUCUCCUCUCCGCUCCUCUCAGCCGGUCAGAAUGGCAGCGCUCAGGACUCUCAGGAAACUGUGCCAACACUCGCAGCAUCAAGUCUGUAAACUGCACACGUCCGCCCCGAGGCAGGAGGCGGUGGUCAUCUCAGGAAAGAAACUAGCACGGCAGAUUCGGGAGGAGGCCCGGGCCGACGUGGAGAAAUGGGUUUUGGCCGGACACAGGCGACCUCAUCUGAGUGUGAUUCUCGUAGGAGACAACCCAGCCAGUCACUCCUAUGUCCUGAACAAGACACGUGCUGCAGCUGAUGUCGGAAUCUCUAGUGAGACGAUUCUCAAACAUUCAGACAUCACUGAGGAGGAGUUAUUGGACCUGAUCUACAAACUUAACACAGACCACCGUGUGGACGGCCUGCUGGUCCAGCUGCCUCUGCCAGACCACAUCGACGAGCGCACAAUCUGUAAUGCAGUUUCCCCCACCAAGGACGUGGACGGCUUCCACGUAGUUAACGUGGGUCGCAUGUGCCUGGAUCAGUCCACCAUGCUUCCUGCCACUCCGUGGGGAGUCUGGGAAAUCAUUAAACGCACAGGUAUUCCUACUCUUGGGAAGAAUGUCGUGGUUGCAGGACGCUCUAAGAAUGUGGGCAUGCCCAUCGCCAUGUUGCUGCAUACGGACGGCCGUCACGAGAGGCCCGGAGGUGAUGCCACGGUCACCAUUUCUCACCGUUACACUCCAAAGGAGCAACUUCGCCAACACACUAAAAUCGCUGAUAUCAUUGUGGCUGCUGCAGGGAUUCCAAACCUCAUUACUGCGGACAUGAUCAAAGAGGGAGCAGCGGUGAUUGACGUGGGAAUAAACAGAGUGCAGGACCCGGUCACUGGAAAGAACAGAUUAGUUGGAGAUGUGGAUUUUGAAGGUGUGAGACAGAAGGCGGGCUUCAUCACUCCAGUACCUGGAGGUGUGGGACCUAUGACUGUGGCGAUGCUUAUGAAGAACACCAUCAAAGCAGCAAAGAACGUUCUGCUUUAUCCCCCAGAGAGGAUCCGCAUGGCAGCUGCGUCUUAAUAGGGCUGGAGCAAGUCCCAGCAACAGUGACACAUUCCACCCACUCCAACACUACCAACCCCCGCAUUUUUUUUUUACUUGGAGCAACCUGACAAGCUCCCCUUGCACACAGACUGGAAAGAUGAUAGCUUUAAGGCUCUCUUCCUGCUGACAUCUUUAACCUUUCCUAACUUCCAGUCCAGCCAUGUUUAGACUGUUACAUUCACCCAUGCAUCUGCAUGUUUCAUGUAACAGGGGUUUGCAGUAUUUAUCAUUUGCAAUGCAUUACUGUGGGAUUUUUGAGUUUUAAAGAAUCUUGAGAGACUGUUUUAUUUAUUGCUACGGUGGCAUAAUAUUUAAACAUGAAUGGAGACGUUACAGUAUUUAACUCAAAGCUGGUAAGCAGUUAAAGUAGAGCAACUGAAGCCUGUCUGUUAUGUUGUUGUUAGUUUAGCCUGUAUGUAUCAAGAGUGAUAAGGGCUAACAUCAUCAGGAACAAGUAUUUUUAUCAAUAUACAAGCUUUAAAGAUUCACUAUUGCCUUUGUAAAAACUUUGAAAUAAAUAUUACAAAUAUGUUCUCACACCGA